AGAGACAGACUUACUGACAGUGGUUACAACUUAGAUAAGAGUAGCUGCAAAGAAGGAAGGAAAACAGAGGGGAAGUAAGAAAAGAAAGAGGCAUUAUGAGAUAGAAAAAUUACAAGGAGAAAGAGAGAAGUGAUAUCCCAGAGUGCCCUGGUGGACCCUGUAAACAGACAUGAAUAAUCGCUCCAUCGCCUGGUGGCUGAGACAGAUCGGCCUGUCUCAGUACACAAAGACACUAGAGAGUGAAUAUUAUGGUCUGGAGGGUCUGCUGAAUGUAACUGAUGGAGAGCUGAAGGAUGCAGGGAUAGAGGAUCCAACACACAGAGAAACCAUCCUCCAGCAGCUCUCAAGGCACCGACAGAGACUGGACCCACACUCUGGUGUGCAAAUGGAGCGCAGGGUGAGCCGAAAGUACUCCCUGGGAUCGUCUAUGGAUCUGGUGAAGCUGAGGAAGGAUCUGUUUCGUCAGAGCGUUCUGCCCCGCCUCCAGCGCGCUGAUAAAAAACACCGCCUUUCAGCCUCCUGCUCUCAGCUCCGCCCCCCGAACAAGGACAACACUAUCAGUGAGACAGAGCCCUGUCAGGACAGCAAACACAGCAAGAGAAGGAGUGUCAGCGCAUACUUUAGCCAGCUGAAGGUGUUUGGUAGCCGGAGAGAGAUGGAGUCAUUGAAGAAAGAGCUGGAGGAGGAGCUGAAGCUCAGCACUGAGGACCCAAGGAGCCAUGCAUGGUACCACGGACCGCUGAGCCGAGAGGCAGCAGAGUCUCUGUUUGAGAGGGACGGAGACUUCCUGGUCCGAGACUCAAGCUCUGCCCCUGGUGACUACGUUUUGAGCUGCUUUUGGAAAGACGGGCCCAUGCACUUCAAGAUCAUACGAGUGGUCCUUCGUCCCAAACAGGGCUACUCUCGGGAGCUGUUCCAGUUUGAGGAGGAUCGUUUUGACAACGUUCCCGCUCUGAUCCGAUUUUAUGUGGGUGGGCGUCGGCCCAUCUCCCAGGCCUCCGGCGCUGUGAUCUUUCACCCAAUCACACGGACCCUUCCUCUGCGAGUCAUCACAGAGCGACAUGCUGAGUCCGGCAGCAGCCGCAGCAGAGGUGCAGAGAAACACAGUGAAUCCAACAAAAGACGCAGCUUCAGCUCUGCACACACGGACACACUGCAGGUCAUCAAUCCACUGCUAAGGAGUGGAAGUCAGCCCGCUAACUUGGAGAACGUGGGACGAAGGCCUUCACUUCAGUCUGCACAGUCUGACAGCAACCUACGGACUGGUGUUCCACAGAGCACUCAGCCAGAGGACACUGGCCCCGCCCCCAUCUCCCCCGUUUUUCGCACAGGCAGCGAACCCCUGCUGAGCCCACGACCACGACACACACGCCCCUGCCAUCCAGGUGGUGGUGUAACUUUGAGAGGUUCAGAUGGACAGCUGCACCCCAGAGCUCCUCCUAAGCCUCUCAGGGUCUCUACCAUCUUCCCCAACGCCGUCCCUCCUCCACCCACCGACAAGGACUAUGACCCGUCCUCCUUCUACGACGAGCUGGUCGUCCAGGUGCCCCAGCGCAGGGGUCAUGUGGACCGGCUGCGUGCAGAGGAGAAGUGGCAGAGCCGCGCCCGCCUCACAGAGACUUCCUUUGACUUUCUGGAGGCGCAGAAGAGCGAAGCACCACAGCUGCCGUUGCUGCCACAGAAGAAAAAGGCAGAAGCAGUGGAAGACUGGCAUUUUGAAAAACCACAUGUGGAGCUGGAGACGUGUUUCCAGUUGGAUCAGUUUGAGUCGCUGCUCUUGCCGGAGAACAACAGACCUUUAGAGCCCAGCGUGCUGCUGGCACUCAAAGAGCUCUUCAACCGAUCAAACGCUAACACCACCGCUCUGCACAUGCUCAGUGUUGACUGCCAGGUAGCGCGCAUCGUUGGCGUGACUGACGAGCAGAAGAGGAUUAUGGGAGUCGGAUCAGGGCUGGAGCUAGUCACUUUGCCGCACGGACGGCAGUUACGACAGGAUUUGUUAGAAAGGCAUCAUCUAAUAGCAUUGGGAGUGGCAGUGGACAUCCUGGGCUGCACAGGGACCGUGAGCCAGAGGGCAACCGUUUUACAUAAAUUAAUCUUAUUGGCCCAGGCGCUGAAAGAACACACCCACAACCUCUACUCCUUCUCAGCCGUGAUGAAGGCUCUGGAGAUGCCUCAGGUAAUGCGACUGGAGAUGACAUGGCGAGCGCUGAGGAGGAACCACACCGAGACUGCAGUUUUAUUUGAGAAGAAACUCAAGCCUUUCAUGAACUUGCUGAACGAGGGAGAUGACUCUGAAGUUGAUGGUCCAAUAGCUGUGCCACACCUGGUUCCUCUGCUGAUGGCAAUGGAGGGUGAUGACCCGGUGGAAGACAGUGAGCGAGGCUGUCAGCUUCUCUACAAUGUCCUCCAAUCAGCUCGCAAUGCUGCGCUGCAUGCACAAGAUUAUCAGCAGCACGCACACUCUCUGCUCACAGGAGGCUGGGAGCCAAUCCCUCAGCUGCUGGAGGCUUUCCGGACAGAGUUCGCCCUGCGGCUGUUCUGGGGUCAGUCGGGGGCAGCGUCUGACAGAGAGGAGCGCUACGAGAAGUUUGACAAGAUUCUUUGCGUCCUCUCAGAUAAGCUGGAGCCCGUGGAGAUCACCCCACAACAACCUGACCCUCUAACCUGAGCCUCAGGGCCUGUUUCACUAAGUGGCAGGCGAAAUCAGAACUUUCUUCACGAGAGGAAAAUAAAAAGCAGAGAUGAAAGUGAAAUGUUUUAUAUGAAACCUGGCGUAUUGCGGUAGCCGAGGCAGAGGAUCUCACUCCUGAGAUGCACAAACAUAAAGAAAAGUUAUUUUUAAGAUAUGAGAGACAGACUUGUGAAAAGACAUCUUAACUUAUAAAAGAAUGAGUUAUACCUGGGAUGUGUGGGCCAUGGGCUGCGUUGGAUUUAUCUUCCUUUUUCAGGAAAUGCUAAAUUGUUUACCCUAAAACUAGCAUCUGUUUACUUUUCAAAUGUGCAUUUCUCAUCUUCAGACACUGUUUUAUCAACCCACACCACUUGUUUGAUACUUGAGAUUCCAAAGGACCAACAUGAACACUGAGUUUGUAUAUGAACUGCUGCUGUAAGGGACCACACUGGAAAUAGUUUUUCAUCAGUGUUUUUGAUGCAAUAAAUGUAUUUGUUUAUUUUUUGCAUGUAAUAUUCUUCAUAAAUGAUACUGCAAAGAAACAAAAAAAACA